AUGUACAAAUUUCGAGACCCCGAAAGCAACAGUGAGAACAGAACUGGCUUACAAGCGGAAUUCACAGCUGACUACUCCAUAGUGUCAAAUGUCAGUAACGCAGUGUUCAUAAUUUUGACUAUACUGUGGAUUCGGAAACUGACCAUACUGAUACGAACAAUUAUGGCUCUUUGUGGUACUAUCGCAAUAUUUGUUUGCACUUGUAUUUUUGUGAAAGUAGACACAGACUCAUGGCAAACUGGAUUUAUGGUCAUAACUUUGUUGACAGGAUUUUUCCUCACAGGAUUUUGUGGUAUUUUCUUGGUAACUCUUUUCGAAAUGGCGCCAAAAUUUCCUCCAAGCUACUUAGCCGUGAUUUUCUCGGGUCAGCAAUAUGUGGAAUAUUGUCAGCUCUUGCUCAAAUCGUGUCACUUAGUGUAG